AUGAAUUUGGAUAAUAGUCAAUUGACACAGUACCUAAUUGCCGCAUUUGACACUGAAACAAUGGAAGUGAAUCCAUCUGAAGAAAUCUGGUUUUUACGUAUUUUGGCUAUGCGGAUUUCCUUACAAAAUCCGUUUUCCUUUUUUGGUAUUGAUGAGUUUGAGGGCAAACCGGACGACAAUCACUGCAGGUGUUGGCUAGCGAAGGACGGACUGAUUGGAACGCCCAAGUACGUAUGCAAAGAAGAGCUACUGCUAUCUCACCACCCAGGCGAGCUCCCAAACCAUGAUUCCAAGGCGGUCCUCGAUGCCUUUGAUCCCACCAAGGACCUUCAGUUGCAAGAUCUAAACAGCCUUGUCGAAAAGGGUGUGCAAGGAGGCGCCCCCGCCUGGUACACGGGAUGGCCCAAGGAACAGGUGAACAACUUUAAUUUUUGGAAUUGUCCAAUGAUUAGGUACAUGACGGUUGGCGAAAAGAAAGAGCAGCAUUUUGAUAAGUUGUACGUGCUGGACCAUGACGUUCUGGAGAACGGGAGCGACCCACUGGCAUUCUCUUGGCCGGCAAAGGCCUUCUCAAAAACCAAUCCGGUUAAGGUUCCAAAGUUGGAGGCGUGGUUGAUAAACGAGGCGCUGGAGCAAUAUCACUCCAAGCUGUUCGUGAUGGAGGAUAUCACUGACGAAGAUCCUGUGACAGCAUACGACCUACUGGUUACACGCAAGCGAAUGCCCAUUCCCAAGGAGUUCUUGGAUAUCGCUUGGGACGGAUCGUUGGCACGCGAAGUCUUGCGAUUGGUGAUUGACAGAAUCAAGAUUCUCGCCAACAGCGACGAGAAGUGCAUGAAAAAUUUUGCCAGAUUGGACUUGGAGGACUCAAUUGGAGAUUCCCCCGACAAGACCUACGAACUGCUCACCAAGACCUUGGCAGCCGUGGAGGAGAGUAAUAAGACAACAAAGACCUCCGUGGAAUCGCUUUUGGAGGUAGUGGUAGCGGGCAUCCAUGGACAAGCAUCGGACAAGGUGCCCCCAAAUACAGUGGAAAAGAAGUGGCCCACAAGACUCUCCUAUCUGAAGAGAGUUGCUGGUACUACGACCUCAGCUCAGCUUCCCACCCUCUGGCACGAGCUAGCAAAGUCCCGAGUAAUCAAGAGCCUGGUGGAAUUGGAAUUUUGUUCGCGCGGCGACGUUGAAAAGGGGUUGAACGUGUUUAAUAGUGUCUGUUUCCAGCACUACAAAAAUGCAAACGCGAUCAACGAUUACAACAAGAGCGAUUACUGGUUGACGGGCGAAAAGACGACCGCGUCAAUGAAGGAUCAUCAAGCCCACGACAAGAUCAAGCACGCUAUCUUCCCAAGGGAUCCCAUGCAGUUCCGUGAGAUGGUCAAUAGUAUGCGGGUAUUCUACCUUGUAGUGUUUGGAAAAACACAUCCACUGACAGCCGUGUACGAAAAGUUUGCAAAGAAUGUGGAUUUGAUCGCAAGAAAAAUGGGAGUGUCCCAACAGGAGCGAGCACUCGAGCGUUUUCUCUUCGGAAUCUAUUCCCGAAUUGAUCAUCGUUACUUUGAGCAUUUGGUGAGGUCCGGCACAAACGCAGAAGAAAACCUACCAGACUUGGGCACCUACAUGGAGACAUGCUACCAUGGAGGAAGCCUACCAGAGUCAAGCUUGUUUGUUGUCGCCAAGGACCCUGUAGGACCUGGUGGAACAGGAGACAAGACAGAGAGUCAGCUGAAGAGAGAGAAGGAAAGGGCCCAGGGACAUCCCGAAAAAAUCUGUAGAUUUCAACCAAAGCACCCCCUGCCGCAGGAAGAUAUGUAUUUCCCUUGGCGGUCCGCUUGUCGACGGGAACAGGCCUAA